AUGAAUAUGUUGGCUCCUGUCAGUCUGUUCCUGUUCGGGGAUCAGUCAUACGACUUUGUGCCCAGUCUACGCGAGUUGCUGGAGACAAACGACAAUCCAAUUCUCUCGGCGUUCCUAGACCAGGCCCAUUACGUUAUCAGAGCUCAGGCUAUAAAAUCUUUACCGCCCAGCAUCCACAAGGCAUGCCGAACAGCAAGCCUCGCGCAGCUCUUACGCAAGUAUGUGGAGGGUACCCUGCCGGCCAGUUUUACAACGCCGCUUUUCUGCCUUACCCAGCUUGGAUGCUUCAUGAGAGAUCAUUCGUUAUGUCGCUAUCCUACGGCCGGUUGUAAUUUCAAUUUAGGGAUUUGUGGAGGCGCACUUGCUGCUGCCGCUAUCAGUUGUAGCAGAUCUGUAUCCGAGCUGCUUCCCGUCGCUGUACAGACAGUUCUUAUUGCGUUUCGUCUAGGCAUAUGUAUCACCGAAAGGCGUGACCAACUGGAAGCUGCAGUUUCAGAAAGAUCGCGCCCGUGGUCAGUCACAAUACCUUUGAAUCAUCAGGAUGCAACGACAGCAAUCCAGGUAUUAUCUACCUCACUUGCACUCCCACCUCCGAAGCGACCCUGGAUUACUAUAUCAAGCAAUUCAAACACAACAAUUAGUGGCGCUCCUUGGGUGUUGGAAAAGCUGCUGCAGGUACCUCAAAUCCUCUCGCCGCUCAUAGGAUCUGCAUGUAUGACUACACCAUCUACAAUUCCUUUUAUUUCCAGUGCCUCUGGGCAAUUGACUCCCGCUGAGAACUACGGCGCUCUCAUUGAGAUUGUCUUGCAGCAGAUUCUGCUGGAACCCGUUGCUUGGGACGCUGUCGAGAAAUCGGUGCCACAGCUUCUCAAAGCUCGGAACAACAACAGCAGCGUUUGCAUUGUGCCUUUCAACACCAAUGCGGCUCCUUCACUGCGGUCUGCGCUCAAUCCGCAUUUUGAUUCAGUCCAGAUAGAGAAGUCCGGUACUUCUGGAAAGAGUGACCACUAUCAUAGGCCCGACGAGCAAAAGAAGAAGAUUGCGAUUGUAUCUAUGUCCGGUCGCUUUCCCGAGUCUCCCAGUACAGAAUCCUUUUGGGACCUUCUUUACAAUGGACUGGAUGUAUGCAAAGAAGUUCCAUUGCGACGAUGGAACGUCAAAACACAUGUUGACCCAUCUGGAAAGACCCGUAACAAAGGAGCAACAAAAUGGGGCUGUUGGCUAGAUUUCUAUGAUCAGUUCGACCCAAAGUUCUUCAGUAUUUCGCCUAAGGAAGCUCCUCAGAUGGAUCCUGCUCAGCGCAUGGCACUCAUGUCUACAUGGGAGGCGAUGGAACGGGGUGGAAUCGUACCAGAUACCACACCAUCGACGCAGCGGAAUCGUAUUGGUGUAUUCCAUGGUGUCACUAGCAAUGACUGGAUGGAAGUAAACACAGCCCAAAAUGUCGACACAUACUUUAUCACGGGCGGCAACAGAGGCUUUAUUCCUGGCCGUAUCAACUUCUGUUUCGAGUUCUCGGGACCUAGUUACGCUAAUGAUACUGCCUGUUCAUCGAGUCUAGCUGCCAUUCAUCUUGCAUGUAAUUCACUAUGGCGAGGCGAUUGCGAUACAGCUGUCGCGGGUGGCACAAAUAUGAUAUUUAUGCCCGACGGUCAUACGGGUCUCGAUAAGGGAUUCUUCCUUUCCCGGACUGGAAACUGCAAGACGUUUGAUGAUCAAGCAGAUGGCUAUUGCCGCGCUGAAGGUGUUGGCACUAUAUUUCUAAAGAGGCUCGAGGAUGCAAUCGCCGAUGGCGACCCGAUACUGGGUACCAUACUUGCGACACAAACAAAUCAUUCUUCAAUGUCGGAAUCUAUCACGCGGCCAUUCGCACAGGCACAAAUUGACAAUAUGUCUGCUGUCAUGGACAUGGCAUGUGUUGAAGCCAAUUCCAUCUCUUAUGUCGAAAUGCACGGUACAGGCACCCAGGUAGGAGACGCAGAGGAAAUGAAAUCAGUCCUUACUUGCUUCGCUCCGAAUGAGAAGACCCGGGAGAACAAUCCCUUAUUCAUCGGCUCAGCAAAGGCAAAUGUGGGUCACGGAGAAGGCGUCAGCGGCGUAACCAGCGUGAUCAAGGUGCUGCUCAUGAUGCAGCAUAAUAUUAUUCCUCCACAUUGCGGAAUAAAACCUGGCAGUAGGAUCAACCGCAAUUUUCCUGACCUGAAAGCGAGGAAUGUCAACAUCGCCUUUGAGCCCACGUCGUGGACAAGGAAAGACAGCACAACGCCUAGGAGAGCUUUGAUCAACAACUUCAGUGCAGCUGGAGGCAAUACGGCUCUAAUACUGGAAGAUGCUCCUAUAAUCUCACAUACCACUGAAGAGGCCGACCCUCGCAACAGUCACAUCGUCACUAUUUCCGCACACACGGGAAAGUCUAUGGUGGGCAACCUCGAGAACCUCCUUAGUCACUUGCAGAAUGAAGAAUGCUCACUGCCGCAACUCUCGUAUACCACGAAUGCUCGACGCUGGCAUCAUGCUCAUAGGGUUGCCCUGGUCGGGACCUCAAUCUCCGAAAUGCAGUCAUCAAUCCGCAGAGCAUUGGAGAACGGCAGUGGGGUGUAUCGACAAAAGGGGAAAUCUGACAUCAUCUUCGCUUUCACGGGUCAAGGCUCACAGUUCCUUGGGAUGGGUAAGGACCUCUAUUAUUCUUACCCAGAUUUUAAGGAAAACCUUCAGUGUCUUGAUCGACUGGCUCAAAAGCACGGCUUCCAGAGUUUCAUCCACAUUUAUACUGCCGAGAAUGCUGCGCAAAAGAUUGAGAACCUGUCACCAGUUCAAGUGCAGCUUGCAAUCACCAGCCUGCAGAUUGCAUUGGGCAAUUUGCUGAUUUCUUGGGGUGCUCAGCCAAGUGCAGUAUUUGGACACAGCCUCGGCGAAUAUGCUGCAUUGUACCUUGCUGGCGUGUUGUCUGCCUCUGACACUAUCUACCUUGUGGGAAUGAGAGCUCAGCUCUUAGAAAAGACUUGUCAGCCGUUCACGCAUGCUAUGCUUGCAGUAAGGUCUGGUACGGCCGCACUUGAGCGAAUACUCCUUGAUUACUCUGGCGAUAUCGCCUGUAUCAACAGUCCAACUGAAACUGUGAUCAGUGGAAAGCUCGAGGAUAUGCGCGCUGCCCAGAAGAUUCUUGCGGCUGCUGGCACCAAGUCCACACUAUUAACACUGCCAUACGCUUUCCAUUCUGCCCAAGUCGAGCCAUUACUAGACGACUUCAAGGGUGCCAGCCGCGGCGUGUCUUUCCAGUCUCCCUCUAUUCCCGUACUUUCGCCUUUAACCGGAGAAGUGAUGCAGGCCGAGGAUCGUAUUACUCCUGACUACCUGGUGGAGCACUGCAGAAAAACCGUCAACUUGGUUGCAGCCUUGGAGAAGGCCAAGCAGAAACAGCUAAUCAAGGAGAACACUAUCGUGAUUGAGAUCGGCCCAAAGCCAAUUCUAUGCGACAUGGUCAAGGCUACUCUAGGCCACUCAUUGGUAUUCCCAACGUUAGACGCCAAGGGAAACGUGUGGUCUAAUCUCCAAGCUGUGCUGUCCUCGCUCUAUACCGCAGGCUUGAAUAUCAACUGGGUCGCGUAUCAUGCGCCCUUCAAGUCGGCACAUAGGGUAAUAUCUCUGCCAAAUUACGCAUGGGAUCUGCAGAGUUACGAUAUUCCAUACGAAGGCGAGUGGAUUCUGCAUCGACAUAAAAUUCACUGUAAUUGUGCGGACGGCGAAAACCAAUGGGAAACUGCCAAAUACGUGCCAGGACAACACAAUUUCGCUAAGAAUAUCGUCGUUCCAGACGAAGCAUCAGUCGCGGUCAACGGCGAGGUGAAGAAACCUUCCAAGCGCGAUCCGAAUGUCCAGGCUUACCCACUGAUAAAAUUGACCACGUCGGUCCAAAAAGGAAUUUUAGAACAAACCUACCCAUUGGGUGCGACCCUGAUAUUUGAGACAGAUAUGUCCCGCAAGGAUAUAAACGACAUUGCCCGUGGCCAUGUAGUUGACUCAAUCCCACUUGCAACACCGUCAGUGUACGCCGAUAUUGCAAUGCAGGUUGGAAAGUAUACAAUGGACCGGCUUCGUGCAGGACAUGCUGGAGCCAUUGAUGGCAUUGUAGAUGUCUCUAAAAUGGUCGUCGAUAAGGCUUUGGUUCCUCAUGGGCUCGGGCCACAGUUGCUGCGCACGACCUUGACUCUUACCUGGCCUCAUAAGGCGGCAGGAACCUGCAGAGGCGGUCCAAUCAAGUUCGAAACAUACUACAGUGAUGGGAAGCUGGAUACGGCUCAUGCCUCAUGUACGGUCCGAUUCUGUACCGAGUCGCAGCUGAAAACCUUGCGCAAGAAAGUUCCCGAAUACCGAGCAGCUAUACAGCGACUCAAAGCGAGGAGCAGCAACCUGUCUAAGUACAGUGGAAAGCGAGGAUAUAAGCUCAUGAGUAGUUUGGCAUCCUUUCAUCCGGACUACAAGCUACUGGACUCGGUAAUAUUGGAUGAGGAGGCAAACGAAGCUACGUGCAUCGUGCGCUGUGACGGGUGCCAAGAUCUAGGUAACUAUAUGGCGCACCCGGCAUACAUAGAUGCCUUUAUGCAAUUGAGCAGUUUCAGCAUGAAUGCGAAAGAUGAUACUCACCUAGACGAGCACGUCUUCACAAACCACGGCUGGGGCUCACUACAAAUUUACAAAGAGCUUCAAAAGGGUGUUUCGUACGAGAUAUACACCAAGAUGACCCAAACUAAGGAUCACGCUCAUGGAGAUGUUAUCGUCUUGGACGGAGACGAGGUGGUCGCUUUCUUUGGUGAUCUUUCACUCCGUAAGGUCCCUCGUAAGGCUUUGAAAGCAGUCCUGGAAGCUGCCUCACAGCGCGCAACUCGCCGUGCUGGCCAAACCGACCCACAUACGAACUCGAUGCCUCGAGCUGUUGCCGUGGACACUAAUAGCCCAAGCAAUUUGCCUUCAUCAGAUUCCAAAGCUCAAAGUUUGCAUGAUUCGGCCAUUGGAACACCAGUCGAGGAGAAUUCCGCUUACAUCUUUGAGAAGUCGCUAAAGAUCAUUGCAGAGGAAAGCGGAAUUGCUGUGGACGAACUGACCGACGAUACCGCUUUCGCAGAUGCAGGAGUCGAUUCGUUAUGCUCACUUGUGAUUGGGAGUCGUCUUCGUGAAGAGUUAAAUCUGGAUCUGGACCCGGAUUUCUCGCUCUUCGAUUCUGUCGCCACCGUUGGCGAUCUUCGGACAUGGUUUAAGGGGAAUGUGAGAGAUGCUGUUGGUGACUCCCAAGCAAAAUCUUCGGUAGCCGCUCCAAUAGAGUCCGAAGAUAGUCCAGUCGAACUCGUCCCAUUUUGCCGUCCGGCAAAUUCGGUGAUUUUGCAAGGCAACCCCAAGAGCGCUCGGAAGACGCUGUUCCUCCUCCCAGAUGGCAGCGGAACUGUGUUUUCCUACACCACAAUUCCCAAACUUUUCUCGGACAUCGCCCUCAUUGGCCUCAUUUGCCCGUACAGUCGAGAUGCCGAGAACAUGAAUUGCACUUAUGGCUCUAUGAUGGAGAGCUUUGUGAAUGAAAUCCGCCGUCGUCAGCCAGUCGGGCCAUACCAUGUUGGCGGCUGGUCCUCUGGAGGCGCGUUUGCGUUCAUGAUAGCUGAGCUCCUUAUCAACCAGGGCGAGGAGGUCCAUUCCAUCAUCGUUAUUGAUGCUCCAGUACCACAGCCCAUGGAAAAGCUUCCGCGUGAAUUCUACGAAUACUGCAAUUCUCUGGGACUUUUCCCGCAGCAAGCUGGGGCAUCGGCAGAUUCUGGUGCUCCUGACUAUCUGAUUGCUCACUUCAUCGCUGUCGUCGAUGUGACCAUGGGAUACAGAUCAUCGCCUCUGAAUACCCAUCGUAUGCCUAAGCUCGGAUUGAUAUGGGCUUCGGAUACUGUUCUGGAUGAAGCAACAGCACCGAAGAUGAAGGGUAUGCACUUUAUGGUCAAUAAACGCACAGACUUUGGGCCUGAUGGCUGGGACGAAGUGUUACCAGGUGGGGAAUAUGAUAUCGUUGUCGCCGAAGGCGCUAAUCACUUUACCUUGAUGCGUCCACCCUAUGUAGAUCUUGUUAGAGAUAGUAUUAAUCGCGUUGUUGGAGAACAAGAGUAA